UAAACUAUUGUUUACAAUUUGGACGCACGUGCAAACGCGGAGUUUUUGUUUUUUCUGAAUAUAUAUAUAGUAAGAAUGCCUCCUGUUGCACAAGAAGGCAAUUGCCUUAUUUACCGGGGCAGCAACUUUCUGAAACAGCGCCUUGUGUUGUCCUGCCUUAGUGGAAAGCCAGUAAAAAUCACACAAAUACGAUCCGAAGAUGAAAUGGCGCCCGGAUUGAGGGAAUAUGAGAUCAGUCUGAUACGAUUGUUUGAUAAACUGACGAAUGGCACCAAAAUUGAACUGAAUCCCGCGGGCACCAGUGUCAUGUUCAGUCCCGGUCUGCUGCAUGGUGGCCAUGUGGAGCACGAUUGCUGUGUGCAACGCGGCAUUGGAUACUAUUUGGAUGCACUGAUUGCGCUGGGACCGUUCUGCAAGAUGCCGUUGAAGUGCCACCUGCGGGGCGUCACAAACAGCAAAGACUCGCCAUCGGUGGAUCAUGUCAAGGGUGGUGCUCUGUCCCUGCUCAAGCGUUUCCUCCUGAUCGAUGAGGGAUUGGAGUUGCGUGUUGUACGCCGCGGUGUUGCACCACUGGGCGGUGGCGAGGUUGUCUUCACGUGUCCCGUACGCAAGAGCCUGCGUGCCAUACAGUUUCAGCAGCAGGGCAUGGUGAAGCGUAUACGUGGCACCGUCUAUGCCUGCAAGGUGUCCCCGGCAAUGGCUAAUCGUACGGUGGAGUCGGCCAAGGGCUGCAUGCUCAAGUUUCUGCCCGAUGUGUACAUCUAUACGGAUCAGAAUCGCGGCAAAAUGUCGGGCAAUUCACCCGGAUUUGGUAUCUGUCUGCUAGCUGAAACUACAGACGGUGUUUGCUUUGCUGCCGAUUGCAUCUCCAACACCAGGGAGGAGUCUGACACACCUUCCAUACCCGAAGAUUUGGGCCGGGAAGCGGCCAUGCGUCUGCUGGAUGAAAUCUACCGUGGUGGCUGCUGUGAUUCCGCCUAUCAAUGGCUGGCUGCUCUUUACAUGGCACUCGGACAAAAGCAUGUUUCCAAAUUUCUAACAGGUGCGCUAUCAACAUAUACCGUAUAUUUUUUGCAGCAUCUUCGCGACUUUUUCUCCAUUACAUUCAAACUGGAAAAUCCGGAGAUCGACGAGGACGAAGAGGAUGAUGUACGUGGAGCGCAAAAGGUUUUAAUGACCUGUGUGGGCAUUGGGUACACAAACAUCAGUAAACGUGUUUUGUAGACUAUUUAUAACCAUAAACUAUAAACGAAUAAAUUUAUAUAACAUUAAAAGUA